GAAAAAGUUGUAUAUGGUGAAAUAUAAAUUGACGUGAUCUAAACUAAACGAUGCGAGAUUGUGUUUGAGGUGCUUUGAACACUUGAACUCAGACCGGAAAAACUCAGGGCUAUAUAUGAGUCACCACUAAAUGUUUUUUUUUAAAUUUUGCUCUCUCUUUGUAAAAGUGUGGCGUCAAGGCAGAGAUACAGAAAUAACUAGACACAAAAAAAAGACCCAUAUAGCACCUCAGGAAGUAAGUUCAGAGCUUCUCUCAAACCUGUUUGCAACAAGUGCUUCUCUCCAUCUCAACAGCAAGAUCUCCAAAAGAUCACCUCAUAACACAAUGGAAACCACCAGAGCACUCUGUAUGUUUCUCCUACUCAACCAGAUGCUGCUAGCUCCCACUGAUGCGGACCAAGAACUUUCAACCAUACAGACAUAUUCAUCUGUAACAGAAGACCAAGAUGGCAGCCAAGCAUCUACAGUGGAGCCCAGCUACACUACCAGUAACCACCAGAACUCCACUGAUGGGACCAUCAUCCCUCGUGGCGAUUGCUUGAUUGACACUGAAAUGGGUCUGAUAGCUGUGGGUUCAGCUGGAGGGGUGAUUAUCUGCCUGCUGGUUACCAUCAUAGUACUCGCCUAUCAGAUCUUCCUCCUCCAGCGCCGGGUAUACGCUCCCAGGAGCUCACGGUCCAACCUGGACUUGGUGAGUGGUGCAGGCUACUGGGACACAGACCAAGCAGAAACUGGUGGAUUAGUUGGUCCGUGUGACACCAGCGUCAUCCUUGAAGAGGUAAGGGCAGACGGGAAGAUGGAGGAAGAGAGGUCUGCCGAAAUACAAGAGGCAAGAGCGGAGGCUGGAGCAGGACAUGAGGACGGGACCAAAGAAAUGACUUUUGUUCCUGAAGAGAAAACCCAUCAGAUGCAGAGCUCCACUUCCAGGGACUCUUGUUUGGAGGUUCCCAGGGAUAUAGAAGACAUGCCCCUAGUUGUCUAAGGAGGUAACCCCACCUCAGUUAAAACCAGCUCUCUUGAUUUAUUCUACUUUCACUCAGCAAAUUGUGUGUUAUUGUAACUUCAGUUGCAGUAAAAUUUAAGGCUGCUUGCAUGAAAAUCUGAAAGUAUGCUAACGCUGACAGAAUACGUAUGCUUUGGUAGUUAAUAUUAGGAGUAUUUUCAUCUCUUUUUACUGAGAACUAUUAAAAUUUUAAACAAAUACUUUAUUAUGGAUCUAACAUCAAAUAGUUCAGAUCCAACAACAUUCUGUUUCUAAAGUAUUAGUAAAUGUUUUUUCAUUGAUUAAGUCUAUCGGGAUAUUUUUGAUAAGAAAUGUGACACUGAUUAUGUCUAAUAACAAAAAAAGUCCAGUGUUUCAUUA